AACAGGCGGCGUAGGAAACGGAGCGGAGUCGGCAUUUACAGUAACACAAGAAUUCGGCUCAUGUCACAGCGAGAAGCGGGCAGGAUGGAUCUCAGAUACCCCGAGCCCGAUAGGGAUCUGACCAGGGUGGAUGAUUACCAUGGGAGGAAAAUACCAGAUCCUUAUGCCUGGCUUGAGGAUCCCAACAGUGAUCAGACCAAGGGAUUUGUUGAAGCCCAGAACAAGCUAACAAUACCUUUCCUGGAAAAGUGCAAAGUCAGGAACAGGCUCAAGGAGCGGAUGACCGAACUGUUUGAUUAUCCCAAGUAUGGCUGCCCUUGCAGGAAAGGAAAGCGGUACUUUUACUUCCACAACUCUGGACUACAGAACCAGUACGUGUUGUAUGCCCAGGAUUCCCUGGAUGGAGAAGCUCGAGUGUUUCUGGAUCCUAACAAAUUAUCUGAGGAUGGGACUGUGGCCUUAAACAUGCUGGCAUUCUCUGAUGACGAUGAGUACUUGGCAUAUGGACUCAGCAAGAGUGGCUCUGAUUGGAUCACAAUCAAAUUUCUGAAGGUUGAAGGCCCUGAAGAUCUGCCUGACACUCUGGAAAAGGUGAAGUUUAGCUGCCUGUCCUGGACGCACGAUGGGAAAGGUGUCUUUUACAACCGCUACCCUGAGCAAGACGGCACUACAGAUGGCACUGAAACCACAUCCAACAUUCAUCAGAAACUUUACUACCACGUGCUUGGCACUGACCAAUCAGAGGAUAUUUUGUGUGCAGAAUUCCCUGAUAAUCCCAAAUGGACAGGUGGAGCCAAGGUUUCUGAUGAUGGUCGCUAUGUAGGGUUAUAUAUUCGAGAUGGCUGUCAGCCUAAGAACCGGGUCUGGUACUGCGAUUUGCACUUACUGCCAAAUGGCAUAACCGGCCUCUUACCCUGGGUUAAACUGAUUGACAACUUUGAUGCAGAGUACAGUUACAUCACAAACGAAGGACCUGUGUUCAUAUUCAGGACUAAUCUUGAUGCCCCUCGCUACCGAGUCCUCAACAUUAACUUAGAGCAGCCAGCCCCUUCACAAUGGAAGGAGCUUAUCCCCCAGCACCUGAAGGAUGUCUUGGAUUGGGCAACUUGCGUCAAUUACAAAUACCUGGUCGUCAAUUACUUAAAGGAUGUGAAGGACAUCCUCCAGCUUUAUGACCUUGCUACUGGAACCUUCCUCAAAGAUCUCCCAUUAGACGUUGGCAGCAUUGGUGGAUACAGUGGGCGGAAGAAGAACACAGAAAUUUUCUACCAGUUCACCUCCUACCUGACACCAGGAAUCAUCUACCACUGUGACCUGACCAAGGAAAUUCUGGAACCUAAAGUUUUCAGGGAGGUGCAAAUCAAAGGAUUCAAUUUCUCUGAAUAUCAAACAGUUCAGGUUUUCUACCCAAGUAAAGAUGGAACUAAGAUUCCAAUGUUUAUUGUCCACAAGAAAGGUAUUAAACGAGAUGGUUCCCACCCAGUAUUCCUGCAUGGCUAUGGAGGUUUCAAUCAGUCACUAACUCCCUAUUACAACGUUGCAUACCUGAUUUUUGUUCGGCACCUGGGUGGGAUCCUUGCUGUGGCCAAUAUACGAGGAGGAGGAGAGUAUGGAGAAAAUUGGUACCAAGCUGGGAUCCUGGGUAAGAAGCAGAAUUGUUUCGACGAUUUCCAAAGCGCAGCGGAGUACCUGAUCCAGGAAGGGUACACAUGCAAAGAGAAACUCACCAUCAAUGGAGGCUCCAACGGGGGCUUGCUGGUUGGGGCUUGUGUGAACCAGCGACCUGACCUGUUUGGCUGUGCGGUUGUUGAAGUUGGUGUAAUGGACAUGCUCAAGUUCCACAAAUAUACCAUUGGCCAUGCCUGGACCUCCGACUAUGGCUGUUCUGACAAAAAGGAGGAGUUCGAUUGGCUGAUCAAGUAUUCUCCACUCCAUAAUAUCAAGCUCCCAGAGGGAGGUGCCCAGUACCCAGCUAUGUUGCUGCUGACUGCUGAUCAUGAUGACCGUGUGGUGCCCCUUCACUCUCUGAAGUACAUUGCAACAGUGCAGCAUGUGGUGGGGUGCAGUCCCCAUCAGAAAAAUCCUCUUCUAAUCAGGAUCGACACCAAAUCCGGACAUGGUGCUGGAAAACCCACUACUAAGGUGAUUGAGGAAGAAUCAGAUAUCUUAGCCUUCAUCGCUGAAACCCUGCAGCUGGACUGGUUGGAGUGAAGGGGUUCUGUCCUGGUCUAAAGUACAAUUGAUAACAGCUUUGAAAAAUUAGAGUGAAACACUUGAGUGGUUUAAUUCAUUAUUACUGUUGCCUCUCUGGAGUAGCAUUCCUUUGCCUCGGGGAUUCAGAGAGGAAUUUUCUGCCAUUGAUCACAGACUUGUUUGCUUGUACCUGGAGAUUUUACAAUGUAGUAGUGGGAGUUGUGGUGUUGACUCAAUGCAAUACUACAAUGAUUUUCUUUUUAGUCUAGGCAAAGUCAGAAUUUGUUUCCCAUCCUUAAUCACGCUUGAGUAGAAAACCAAUACAAUAUCAGAGGGCAAUUAAGUGUCAGCGAUUUUGCAAUGAGAUUGGAGUGUUACGUAGGUCAGACUAGGUAAGGACAGUGAAGUUCCUCCCCAGAAGUGCAUUAAUGAACUUUUUUUUCAAAAAGCUACAGUCCAGUCAUAUGAAUAUCAUCUUUAAUAAUAAGCUGUUUUAUUCCAGAUUUAUUAAAUUUAAAUUCCCUAAAUGCUUUGGUGAGAUUUGGAGAGCCUCUGGAUAACAAGACCUUUGCUACCACCCCUCUUUACCCAUUAUGAAUGUGGAGCAGGCUUAAUAGAUUAGUUGGUUUAUUCCUGCCCAACACAUGUAUCUUCAUUUGUGUUGGUUGAGAAGGCAGGCGCAAUAUUGCUUUACAAACCAGCGACCUCCCCACUGUUUCAACCCUAAUGGUGUACCCACAGACCCAUGAUCCUACGUACUGGAAUCCUAUUCCCAUAUCACUCAACAAUCCCCAUGUUACAACCUCUAUCCUCCUUUGAAAAAAAAAUCUCCUAACAGCUUGGCUGUUUGACCGUGAUUUCAAUCUCCCGCUUUAACAGUUUCCUGCUUACCUAAAGCACUGAAAGUGUUUCAGAAUAUUUGCAUCUGUACAGGAUGAUUUGUGUUUUACAGUGAUCUCCAACCUUCAUUCAAAUAAAAUUUAAGACUUGGCUCAUGAGUAAAGCAUGCUACUGUUAAAAGAUACCAAAACACUUUGAAGAGGGGGAUUUCACUCAGGCUCUUGACAAACAUUUAUCUCUCAACCAAAACCACUAAAACAGUUGAUCUGAUCUUUUAUAGAUAAUAAGGUGUAGAGCUGGAUGAACACAG